UCUAACCAUUUCCUCACUUAGCUCAAAGGGCUCAACAUAAUUACCGCGGACUUCACGCGAAGCUACUAAUCACUUCUUUGCUAAGGAGCCCCGUGACUGCGGCGGGGAUGAGGCGGAGACACCAGCCGCUCCUACAAAGUGGAUGGCGGAAAGGGGAUUCAAACUUCAAUUGGCGUCGGAAAUGGCUGAGAUUCGCCGGAAACCGUCGGAAUCUUAUAAUGCUACUGGUGGUUAUUGCUCUUGCUCCUCCCUUCUUCUUCCACUUCCGUCUCAGUCGCUUCAACCAGAUGCAAAUCAAGAAUUGUGGUUGGAUGAGAAACCCACCUCUUGUCUGUGCUCAUGGUGGUGACUCUACCAAUGCUUUUCCUAACACGAUGGCUGCCUACCAUAGUGCGCUUCAUUCUCAAGCAGACUGCAUAGAAAUUGAUGUCUCCAGUUCAGCUGAUGGAGUCCUUUUUGCACUCCAUGAUAGGGAGUUGCAGCGGAUAUCUGGGAAUCAUACAUCUAGAGUGGGCUACUUAAGUAUGAAAGAAAUAAAUGAACUGGAUGCAGCACUUCAAUUUCCAAAAGUUCUGGACAAUCAGAAAGUUCCCACUCUUGAAGAUGCUUUAAGGUUGGUAUCAGGUUCAGUACGGCAAGUCAUCCUGGACGCAAAAGUUGGGCCUCCAUUAUUUGAAAAAGGUCUUGUCGAGAAAAUUUUAGCUGUUGUAAAGAGAACAGAUUGUACGAAUUGCGUUAUAUGGGCAAAAAGUGACACUUUAGUGAGGGAGUUUACAAGACUCUCACCAAACACUACGGUCGGGUAUAUCGUUAUGAAAGAUCCAAAAACUGGGUUCAGAUCCAAUUUGCUGAGGAUGAAAAGGGCAGGAAUUGUUGGGGUUUACCAUCCAUUAAUUGAUGAAAAGCUUGUCCAAAUCCUUCACGAGAGGAACAAAAAGAUCUAUGCUUGGACAGUGGAUGACAUGGUUUCGAUGCAGGACAUGUUAGUUAAUAGUGUAGAUGCUGUUGUUACCAGUAAUCCAUCUCUUCUUCAGCAACUCAUGCAAGAUACUAGAACUCAGUGUCUUGAGGAAGGUUUUUCUUUGCCCUAAUGACUCAGUUGAGUCUUCCUAUGUCUUUUUCCAACUGAUGAAGAACAGAUAGUGCUAACACUCCGAUUAAGGUUGAAGAUUUUACCAGCAUCAACUUUGUUGUAUUAUUCGCACUGGCUUAUAUUCAGAUCAAUUCUGGAAUUCUGGAGUACAAGGGAUUCAGAUUGAUUGUUCUUGCUGGUUGUCAAGGAAGGCUAUCAGUUACAAUAGAUGAAGUCGUCUCUCCAUAGUCUCUAUUAACUAUUAUUCAGGCUCCUAUUUUUAUUUUUAUUUUUUGAAAGAAAAAAUACACUAAAUUUAGGAUAGUUCUUUCAAGAUUGUACCCUAACUGAUCUAUUACUGAGGCUCCUAUUGUUUCCAUGCUUGAUUUGGCUUUUUUGCCUGAGGCUAGUAUUAUUGAUUUAUCAUGUAUUAACAGUUGUGUUAUGAUCAAAGUUAUACAUGUACUAUAUAUUGUUUA